AUGAAUGCCACGCGAAAAAGGGAUCUACACACUAAAAAGAAGAAACAAGUAGAACAAAAUAGAAGAGGGUCCCAUACUUCAACCUCGUCAACCACCAUUACCGAUGACCCGAUACUAGUUUCUCCACCUAUUGUAAAGCAAAAAUUCAAACCCGUUAAGCACAAUCCUCUAAAGGCGGCUGCUUCACGCCCUCCAGAAACGAUCGCUGAAAUUCUGUAUCUUCAACGCCUCAAAAACCCAGAUUCAAAUUUCUACAUACAUCACCAGCCACCACCGCCUCCACAUCCCGUAACCCAAUCUCAAUAUCCAUCAAUCUCACGCUCUCCAAAUGCCAUAAACAGAUCUCCAACAACACAUCGCUCAAAUCAAUCAUCAUCUCGCUCUUCAUCAAAAUCGUCGCGUGGCUCGAUCCUUGCACCAAUUUUACCGUCUCCUCUACUUCAACGUGUUAAACAAAAACCGAAAGCAAAUGAUUUCUCUCAAACGCCCAUCACUCUAUCAGCUACCACAAAAUCUCUGGUCACCCGCCUGCGUGAUCAACUUCGUUAUUAUGCAGAAGUAGAAAUAUGCGGUCGUCGUUUUCUAGUCACGAAAAACGAUCAGGUAAUCACCAAUCGAUUGCGUGAUGUAAAAGUUGGCGAUGAGAUUAAAUUGAACAGAGUUAUUGAAUUGGGCUCCAAGGAUUUCACUAUAAAAGGAAAUCCAUACGUCGCGGAGCAAUUUUACAGCAUUAAGGCUACAGUGUUGGAACAACCAUUAGGGCCUUUCGUCGUGAAGCUAAAAAAGAAACCGCAUAAUAGGCAUGUUAAACACGUCACGCAUAAACAACCUUAUACAGUAUUAAGGAUAUCAGAGGUGGAAGUUAAUAAAUUAAUUUGA